AUGGCGACUCCAACCCCCAUACAAAAUAUGCCCAUCCCACCAGAAGAACGCCUAGCCCUAGAACAACAAGCCCGCUACCAACGCAUCACACGCAACCUAGCCCUCGGUGGCCUUGUGUUAUGUCCAAUAAUAGCCGCACUCCCACCGCGAAAACUAGACCUUUACACGUUCUCCCUAGGAGUUGGAUUCUACCUCUCAGCCGACCACCUAAUGACCCUACGCACAGGCCGAGGCCUUGUAUCAAACCUCAGCCCGAUGCGAACAAUGGAGCUACCAACCGAACGCGCAAAGGAAAUGCAGAAGAUAUUGCAGGAGGAGAGGGAGAAGAGUAGGAGGACAUUAGAGCGAAAAGAAGGACAAGAGAAGAGUAUACUUGGGAAACUAUGGAUGGGUGAUGAGGAGGAGGGUUGGAAAGAGCGGAGGUUGGAGGAAGAGAAGAAGGCGAUUGAAGAGGGGAAGAGCUAUGGUGAUAUGAUUUUUGAACAGAUCUGGGAGGUUUGGAAUUGGGAUAAGAAGAAGGGAAAGGGCGAUGACGGAAAGAAGGAGUGA